AUGGAAGAGGGAAAUCACUCAGUGGUGACUGAGUUCAUUCUCUCAGGACUGACAGAUCGUCCAGAGCUGCAGGUGCCCAUGUUUGGGAUGUUCCUACUGAUUUAUCUUAUCACCAUGGUGGGAAAUGGGGGAAUGAUCUUGUUAAUCAUGAUUGACCGCCAACUCCACACCCCCAUGUACUUUUUCCUCUGUAAUUUGUCUUUCUGUGAUCUCUGCUGUUCCUCAGUAAUUGCCCCUCAGAUGCUGCAAAAUUUCUUAUCUGAGAAGAAAAGCAUUUUGUACACUGGCUGCUAUAUACAAUUGUACUUCUGUAUCUUUUUUCAAGACAUUGAGUGUCUCUUGCUGGCUGUUAUGGCGUAUGACCGUUAUGUGGCCAUCUGUAACCCACUGCUCUAUACGGUCACCAUGUCCAGACAGCUUUGUAACCAGCUGGUGACUGGAGUGUAUGGGGUGGGGUUGGUUGAUGCAACGAUAAACAUCUGCUUUUCACUCCGGCUGUCAUUCUGCAGCUCCAACGUUGUCAAACAUUUCUUCUGUGACACCCCCCCACUCCUGGCGCUCUCCUGCUCUGACACCCGCAUCAAUGAGAUUGUGACAUUUGCCUCCGUGUGCUACACUGUGGUGAUCAGCGUUGUGACCAUCCUCCUCUCCUACGUCUGUAUCAUCUCCACUAUCUUGCGGAUCCGCUCUGCCGAGGGCCGGCGCAAAGCCUUCUCCACCUGCACUUCCCAUUUGUGUGCUGUGGGCAUGUUUCAUGGCACUCUCCUUUUCAUGUAUUUACGACCCACCUCCAGCUAUUCCAUGGAUACCGACAAAAUUACCUCAGUUUUCUACACACUGGUGAUCCCCCUGUUGAACCCCCUCAUCUACAGCCUGAGGAACAGAGAGGUGAAGGGUGCCCUGAGGAAAACCAUGAAUAAACUCCUAAGCAAUCAUUGA